GCUCCCCUUGUUCACCAAGGCAGCUCGCGCACCAUGUCGGACAUUUCUAUUCCCCGAAUGCAUUCGUGUAGCAAGACACACUUCUCGGAUUCUUGCACGUACCGAAUGUACAUAUAAUAGCCAAGGCUUCGUUUCCAUGUUCGUAACACAUCAAAAAUCAAGCUUCUCUUCCAUUCUUGGCUCGAUCCUACCAACGUUUACAUAAUGACUACAUCAACUCCGACUGACCCUCUUCCGGAGGCACGACCGUCCACCUUCACCCAGGAUACCGAGAAAGACGACUUGACUCCGCCCCCGAAAACAAACGAAUAUGCCGAUGCGGAGAAGAACUACGAUCCUAAGUCGCUCAAGUUCUGGCUUAUCGUCAUCUCGAUCUAUCUCGCCUUCUUCCUCGUCGCUCUGGAUCGCAUGAUCAUUGCUACUGCUAUACCGGCGAUCACGAACACAUAUGGCUCCAUUGCAGAUAUUGGCUGGUACGGCAGCGGCUAUAUGCUUACGUGCGCAAUCUUCAAUCCACUAUUUGGAAAGAUAUACCAGCUGUACAGUACGAAAUGGACAUUCCUAAUGUCGAUCUUCAUCUUUGAGGUGGGAAGUGCUUUGUGCGGGGCUGCACCUACUUCCGAUGUUCUCAUCGUUGGUCGCGCAAUCGCUGGCAUAGGAGCGGCAGGCAUUCAAUGCGGUGCGGUCAUGAUCAUUGUUCCCCUCGUCCCACUACGCAAGCGACCCGUUUUUACUUCUUUUUUCGGCCUCGCAUUCGGAGUGUCAUCUGUAUUGGGACCCUUCGUUGGAGGCACCUUCACGGACAGCGCGACCCUGACAUGGAGAUUUUGUUUCUACAUCAACCUUCCUGUGGGCGCUUUGGCUUUUGCUACCGUCUUCUUCUUCUUACAUCUCCCCUAUACGCCGAAAGAGAAGCUGUCCAUUUUCGCGCAGCUCAAGCGCCUCGAUCCAAUAGGCCUCACUUUUUUCGUGCCUUCGAUGGUAUGCCUCAUCAUGGCUCUGCAGUGGGGAGGUACGACCGAUCCCUGGUCGGCACCGAGAAUCAUUGGCCUGCUCGUGACUUUCGUAGUCACGUUCGUCGCGUUCCUAAUUGUGGAGUUUACAAUGCCAGACACGGCUAUGGCUCCGCCUCGAGUCAUUUUGAACCGUUCUAUGGGUGGUGCCAUGCUUUUCAUCUUUCUUCUCGCUGGCGGCAUGAUGAACGCUGUGUACUACCUCGCGAUCUGGUUCCAGGCAGCCCAGGGCCAGUCUGCCAUGCAGGCUGGUGUACGUACGAUACCGAUGGUCCUGUCACUCGUUCUCUUCGGUAUCAUCACAGCGGUGGCUACCCAAAAGAUCGGAUAUUAUGUUCCUGCUAUGCUCCUUUCGCCCAUCCUCGCAUCGAUCGCUAGUGGCCUCCUUUCUACACUUACCCCACACUCCCACGCAAGCAAAUGGAUCGGCUAUCAAGUAUUCUACGGGUGUGGACUUGGCGUUGGAGCACAAACGGCAAAUCUGGUAGCGCAGACUGUGUUGCCCCGUUCAGACGUCUCUCUUGGCAUGGCGAUGAUGUUCUUCAUGAAUCAACAGGGUGGCGCCAUCUUUCUUGCUGUUGGGCAGAAUCUGUUCUCGACUCAACUUGUGGAGCGGUUAUCCGGCAUUGCCGGUCUCGACACCAAAGCCAUCAUCAACACUGGCGCCACAGAGCUUCGCAAAGUGGUGCCGGCGAAUGAGAUUGACACGGUGGUUUCAGCUUAUAGCUAUUCAUUGACACGAGUGUUCAUCUUAUCAGCAGCCCUCAGCGCUUGCGUAAUGAUCGGGUCGCUGAUGGUUAAGUGGGUAAGCAUCAAGAAAGAUGCUCCGAAUCCAGAGAAAGCGGUGUCGCAGGACGUGGAAGCAGGUAUUGAUGCGAAAAGUGAGCGCUGAGAAGGCUGCC